GCCCCCUAGUGCUGCCGGCCCCGCACCCAGCCCAGUGCCCAGGAGAGGAGAUGGGCGCAGGACGGGGUGUCCCCAUGGCCCAGCUGGCCCUGCUCACCCUGCUGGCCCUGCCGGGCACCGGGGCAGUGACAGUGGAACACAUGAUCUCCCAGGCAGAGUUUUACCAGCGGAUGGAGCAGUCCCAGCAGGUGUCCGGGGAGUUCAUGUUUGAGUUCGACCAGGACGAGAUCUUCUACGUGGACCUAGAGAAGAAGGAGACGGUCUGGCGCCUGCCCGACUUCGGCAAGUUCACCAGCUUUGAGGCGCAGGGCGCCCUGGGCAACGCAGCUGCGGGCAAAGUGAAUCUGGAGACUCUUAUCAAAAUCUUCAACCACACACGGGCCCAGAAUGUGCCCCCUGAGGUGACCGUGUUCCCCGAAGACCCCGUGGAGCUGGGGGAGCCCAACGUCCUGAUCUGCUUCGUGGACAAGUUCUCCCCGCCCGCGCUCAGCGUGACGUGGCUGAAGAACGGGCAGGAGGUGACGGGGGGCGUCUACGAGACCGACUUCUACCCCCGCCAGGACAACUCCUUCCGCAAGUUCUCCUACCUGCCCUUCCUCCCCAGCCAGGGCGACUUCUACGACUGCCGGGUGGAGCACUGGGGGCUGGCUGAGACCUUCACGAAGCACUGGGAAGCCCAGGUGCCCACCCCCAUCCCCGAGACCACAGAGACCCUGGUGUGAGCCCUGGGCCUGGCCGUGGGCAUCAUUGGCAUCAUCGCGGGCACCAUCCUCAUCAUCAAGGGGAUGAAGAUGAACGCCGCCCGCAACCCGCGGGGCCCCUUAUAAACACGGGGAGGAGCCGGGGCCCCCAAACCCCUCAGGUGCCUUCAUGAGACUCACUCGCACACCCCCCCCCCCGCAAGAUCUGUCCCCAGCAUCCCUGCUCCGCUCCCAUUGGUGCCAGCUGCUGUAUCCAGGCGGGAGCCCCCCCGGCCCUUUAAUCGCAACAACUCAACCUGCUAGAGACUCACUGGGGAGCCGGACCCUCGGGCUGCCCCCGCCCCCCUCUGCUGGGCUUGGGGGGGGCACCUAUCCAUGCAAAGGGCUGCUGCCCCAUGGGGCUGGGAACAGGGGUUGUCCCUUGUCACGGGGCAGCAGGGCCCAUGGGGCUGAUCCAAACCCCACUGCCAUGAUGGGGAAGGUUUCUCUUGACUCCAGUGGGGGCUGGAUUGGGCCCUGAUCCUGGCCGCUAUUGGCCAGAGGCUGCUGUCAGUCACUCCAGGUAAAGCCCCUCCAGCCAUUACCCAGAAGGCUUUGGGCCAGAUUUGGCCAUUCCAGGGCAAUGGGGUCCCUGCGGGGCAGGAUUGGGCCCAUGGCAGUGGGGUGGGGGAGGGGGGCAGCACCCGUGUGCGGCUUCUCCAGUGCGGGGUCUGUGUGGGAAGGGCCCAGUCCCUGUACAGCCCCCGCCCUGUGCCCCAGGUGUGUCACAGCCCUGCGCCCCCCAUCUCACUCUGCAGCUUU